AUGCUGAAGUCGAAUACAAGGCUGACAGCAAAUGAAGUUGUUAUCAAUGGUGGGCCUACUCCUGAUAGUGGAAAAUACGAAACUGAAGCCUGGAUUGAACGUAUUGUUGUACAAGACUUAGAGCGUACUCCUUCUAGCGUUUCUAUAAUACGAAGUUCUGACCCAACUGCCAAAUUAGAGUUCUUAUACGAGCGUGAUUGACGAGCAAUCGUGAUAAGGAAGCCCAUUGUCAGCGUUACACAAUCGUACAAAAUCAACCUGAAAUUCUGAAGUUUCAAGAAGAUACAGGGCUGUUUUUAGCUCGGCUUAAUUCCUUCUGUGUCGUAUUUGUUGCCACCGACACGUUGUUGUUUGUUGAU